CAGCUGGGAUCCAGUUCGUUUCGGACGUGUUUACAUUUCAUACAGCAUGAACUCAUCGCUGAUAUAAAUGUGACGUUAUUGUCGUUUAUGUCUUGCUAUGUACUAUAGAUCUAGGUAACGUUAGCUACCUAGCUACCUGGAAUUUGGCUCUGUGGUGACGAGCGAGUUUAAUUCAACGCGAUUCCAUGUUUAUCAAACGUAAUGAACGCGAACUAGCUAUCGUGCUCAACCCAGAUGAUGAGUCCAGUCAAUUAUGAUUUCCAGGACAUCAGGCCAGUCACACUACACCUUCCAGAAGAGACGGUCACCUCCUUGUACUGUGUCACUGCUAAGGGGCUGGAGGCCCAAGUGGCUUCCGUAGUCGAAGCCUUCCUGGUUGAAGUCUACCGCUGCAGAGUGUGCCAGUUCACCAGUGGCCUAAAAGGCAUUAUCCAAACACACGUACUGGAGAGGCACGAUUUAGGAGCCUCCUCCUGCCCUGGUCUUCCCUGUCUUGAGAAGGACAAUGGCCUUGAGGUAGGGGUGGGAGUUGACAGAGAAGAUGAUGAUGAUGAUGAACUGGACCAAAAUGGCUCCCCAGGCUACAACCUGGAGGAUGACCUCCAUUCUGUCUCAAAGGAUGCUGAUGAUGACCAGAUGGAUCAUAUGGGCUUGGAGCGCAUGUCCUUCCUGCUGCCCAUGUACGGCAUGCUGCCCAAUAUCAGUCCCCGGUCAUGUGACAUGGCCCUGAGUUCCAACUCGGACGGGAGCCUCCACGUUGCACAGACCUGUGAGGUGAGCACUUUGUUUGAGGAGGACGAGAGACAUGGUGAGGAGGACGAAGAGGAGAGCGUGUUCCGAUUGGAUGCUGCCAACUCCGUCAACCUGUCGUGUCCAAUGGGCACGGUGGUGAAAAACGAGGCCAAGGAUGAUGAAAUGGCCCAGUCAGCUCACCUCAUGACCCUGGGCCUCUGUCGCAUCUCCACAGCCAACAAGGGCCUCUCAGGCCGAGCGGUUACCCAGCUUCCCUCAACUCCCAUCGGGCAAGAGGGUUUGGAGUCAGACACCUCCCUGGAUGACAAGAUGGAUGACAAAAUGCCCCAGUCCCAGGGAAAGCAGUCCCCUCCUCCUCAUGGCUCCAAGCAGCAGAGGUCACUGUUCUGUGUUCUCUGCCGCGCCACCCUGACCUCUAGACACUUGCUUGAGGUCCACCUUAAAUGCCACAACGGGGACAGGGGCUUCAAGUGCCUUCAGUGCGGCUGGACGUCGGCCGGGUGGGGGGAGAUGGAGCGCCACUGGAGGGCCCACGGGAAGAGGAUGCGGCGAGGGAAAAAAGAGAAAGAGAGGGGGAUAAGGCCCCAUGGCUGCCAGGUUUGUCUCCGGAAGUUCCGGAGUGUUAAGUCCCGGGAUGCACAUGAGCGGCGGCACCACAGUCAACGGCGGAGUCCUCAAGAAUGCUUCACGUGCCAGCACUGUGACUACAGUGAUAAGUCAUGGGACAAGCUGCACAAACACAUUCUCUCAGAGCACAAAGCCUUUGGGGACAGACUGACAAACCCGGAUGGACUGAGCACCCAUGUUGUGUGUGCUUUGAGGAAGUUCACCCACGAAAGUAAUUACCCACAAGAUCUGCAAGGAGUGGAGCCAGAAAAGUGGAAUAAGUGGAUGCCGAAGCAGAGGGGAAGAAAGGACGGAGAGGAGGGCAGAGAGGAGCGCAGAGAGGAGCAAGGGCAGAAAGCGGAGGAAUCGGUGAGGAAGAAAGGGAGGAAAGAGUUCUGCUGUGCCCUCUGCAACAGGAAGUUCUCCACCAAGCUGACCAUGCGUCGCCACAUGGGCAUCCACCAGGGGGACAAGCCCUUUGAGUGUCCCCAUUGCCACUACAGCACCCGGCUCAAGGCCUCACUGGUACAGCACCUCCGUGUUCAUACAGGUGAGAAGCCCUUCAAAUGCCUUCAGUGUCCCUACGCCUCCAUCGACAGCAGCUCCCUGCGCCGACACUCCCGCACACACACACAGGAGAGGCCCUACUGCUGCCAGUACUGUCCCUACAGCAGCAUCCAGAAAAAGAGCUUAGAUCUCCACGCACGACGCCACCACACAGGCGAGUCUUUCCCCUGCCACCUCUGUCCGUACGCUACACCGGACCGCCAGCUGCUGCUGCGCCAUGUGCGCAAGCACCACUCUUCUGAACCAUCCCACGUAUUGGGACCAAGGACACCCAAACGUCCCAAAUCCUCUGUCUCUGCAGGAAGGGUCCAGUAAUCCUGACAAAUAACCUCUCUGGGUCAUGUUCAGUAGUCACCAAACGAAAGAAAACUGACUGAUUGAGAGGGACUACCUGGACUUCCUUUUCCAUUGUGUGGCCUAAUGGAACAUGACCCUGAUCUUGAAUGAAAAUGUGUCUUUAAUCAUAUUAAACAAGUACAUUUAUUUUACUACACCUCACAAUACUUUAUAUUUCUUUAGAAAUGAAAUGGUAAUUGGUAAUUACAUAGUAAUAACCAAAUAAUUUUCUGUGAAGUUUCUGAAGUUGAAUCGGUACCGCUUGCCGUGCAGGAACAGAGAGAACAGGCUAGCUGGAGAAGGGGUCCUUAUGGUGUAGCUGACCCUGCUCAUUCCUGAUAAAUGUAGGAUUUUAGACAAAUCUGACGGAGUUGACCAAAUCCCCGGACACAUUUUUUAGGGAUCACAGUUUUGAGUGAGAUAUUAUUUAGUCAGAGAGGACAAUUGCAAGAAACUACAUACAAUCUUUUUUCAUGUAAUAUUCAUUAUUGCCAGUUUUUUUUGAGUUUGGAACACUUUUUUUUGAGAGUUUGUAAUUGGGAUCCUUUGCUCCAGACAAGGGCAUUUCCGGGCAUAGCCGACAUGUAAAUGUAAUUUUUAAGCUCAAAUCCACCCCAUUUUCGAACGUUGCUAUGAGCACAACCAAAUGACAGAAGUGAUGGAUUCGACUUCCGCUUUACCUCUCUACUGCAGUACGCCGGUGCCAAACUUGCCAGAGUCAAUUUUAGGAGAAUAAAAGUCAAGUAAACAUGAAUUAGUGUAAGUAGACUUUAUAGUAGGCUAGUUUUGUUGUGAUAAUAACGUUAGUGUUGUUGUAUAGUUAAGGCCUGGGCCAUCCAGCAAGCCAAUAACUAUAACGACAACUAAUGAUCAACUAUAGGCUACAUACAGUAACUGUAAAACGUUGGUGAGCAUCCACACUAAAGGAAAGUUGAUCAUUUAUCGUUCUACAGUCCUACCCUUUCAAUCAACUGAUCAACUUAUCCUACUGCAAGCCGCCUAUUAAUAAGGUGCUAACACAAGACCAUUCAUGAGGUCUCUAACUCACAGACACUGGUUCAGACCAUUCAGUGCUUACAGUGUGUGUUCAUUGUCAUAGUGACAACUGCAAAUAAUACUUCAAUGUAAAUGUAGGCCUAACGAGAAAUAAUAUAGUAAUUCAUACUUAAAUGUAGUAAUUCAACAACAAACUCAGUUUAGCCUGCACAUCUUUUACAGCAUGUCAUUGCCUCAUUGCUUAAGUGGUUUGCAAGUGAUUUCCAUUUUUGUAAUGGUUGUCAAUUCCAUUGGGUCUGCUUUUUCACUGUGUUCAUCUCUGUAUGUCCUGUGCCACCAUUUGCAAUGCAUCAGUGCGACAAUGUUAUCAUAACCGGCCAAAAGUAGUCACACCAAUGCACUUUCUCUCCUCCACUUUCCCAAACAUACAUUUUCUAUGCAGUAGGCCUGUAAAAAAAUCUGUCCUGCUCCUCCUCUCUACCUGACUUUCCCUCACAGUCCCUGAAGUCCCAUUAGUUUGGCUGUUCAGCCUACCUUAGUUAUCCCUCACCCAUUAUAACGCUGCUAUUCCCAACCAAUCGGAGCGCUUGGAUAUUAUUUGGACACUACACCCGCAGCCAAAAGUUUUGAGACUGACACAAAUAUUAAUUUUCACAAGGUCUGCUGCCACGAUGUCUUUUAUAAUGAAUUAUAGGUAUUUAUUUAUUGUCCUAUGAUUGUGGAACAAUUUUAAAAUAAAUUAUAGCGAAUUA